AUGCAACCAACUACCCAAGCUAUCAAGAAAGACACUACAUCCGAAAAGAAGGACAACUACAUCGUCAAAGGUGUCUUCUGGGACCCAGAAUGUGUCAUUGCUUAA